GAGGACAUUCGUGGUCAAAAUGGAGGGCACGACCAAAUAAAAAGUUAAAAGGCACUCCUCUAAAGAUAAAACUCAUGAUUCUUAGCCCUGCUCAAAAUGUAGGGCUUCUGGUUCAGCUGAAGGAUGAGCUGAUCUCUGAAGACCCAACCAAAGAUGGAAUGGAGGCAGAGCUCCCAGCUCAGGUCUUGGCUGAGCAUGCAGUGAGCACCAGGAAGACUCACAAACUGAUGUACACCCAGCUACAAAUGGUGAAAUUCCUUCUAGAUUUCCUUGAUUCUGCCCCAUGCAUCCAGGAUGCCUCUGACACAGCUGUCCGGAAGGAGAUGGUAGAGGCAAAACAGCAAUGGAAGACACUUAAAGCAGAGUACCAGCAGCUGGUGGAGUUGAUCAAAGGGGCUGUGCCUUACAUACUGGCCAAACUGGAGGAAGGGGAGAAUCGGGCUCAACUCUUGGAGAGUGCACUGCAGCGUUACCAAGCCAAGAAAAGGGCGAUGGAAGAGAAGGCGAAGAGUGCUCACGCUAGGCUCCAAAAGGAACAGGAGCAUUUGUGUGAACGGCAGCAGCAGCUAGAAAGAUCUGUUGCAGAGCUGCAGGACAAGCUACAGAAAAACCGCCAAGAGCUGCAAGGACUGCAGGAGAUGCUGGAGGAGCAAGAAGGCCAGGCCUGUGUCUGGAGGCAGAAGAUUCAGAAAUUAUCUGAUUUCCAGAGCCACUUGGAGACUUUGCAAGGCGUAAAAUUAAUUUCUGUUUCUGAGGUUGACCUGGAGAUUGAGCUGACCUCUUGUUCCCAGCCUGGAGCUUCUGAUUCCCAUCAGCUGAAGCUGCAUUUACAUUGGGUGGAUGACGGGACUGUCACAGUCCAGACUGACAGCCCUUUCUUCCUUGUCUCUGCUGUGAUUCCUGUGGGCAGUUACAGCACCAUUAGAGGCAUAAUCUUGGAACUGCAGCAUAGUUAUUCCCAACAAGCACAUCUCAUGGCUGAGAUCGAGUCACUGCAAAACUGUUUUGCCAUUGAUUGGCAGCAAGAGAAGAGGCUGUUGAGUUAUCUGAAGCCAUCCUCUACUUGUAAUCUUUAUGUAGAGCCAGGUUAUCCUGCCAGUGGAGGGAUAUGCCUUCUCUCAGUAAAGAGUCAACAUGGUACAGUUGAUGUGACCUCCUACCGGCCUCCCCAGGAGAGACCUUCACUGAAGAAUUGGCUAGUAUAUCUCAGUACUGUGGACUUCAGUGCUCCUUUCCUUGCCUGAAGAGCUGAGCUCUGCAACUUGAUGUGGAAUUGGGGCUAGAAUCUCUCUCUGAGGGGAUACUUCCUUGUUUCCUUCAGGUGUGAAAGAGAAAACAGAUUUAUUUGGUGCCACUGGAUUCUCCGUGUAUGUGUGUGUGUGUGUAUUUCCUUUAUCUGCCAUGGCACCUUUCCUUUUUAAUUUCCUCUGUCCUCACUUCAUCUCUCCGUCCUUCAUCUCACCACUCCAUUACAAUUCCUCUGGCUUAGUUUCUUUGUUGGUUGUGAAUUCCACAUUACUUGUCCUUGCCCAAUAUUUUGCUAUUUGAAAAAUUUUCUGUUUAAUAAAAUCCUAUGUUUCAACAACAGAACAAUACACAGAUUAACAUGGGAAUCACUCCUCCUUACCCAGAUCACACAGUAUAC